UGAAGACCAAAACAAAAGAGUGCAUAAAUUCCUCAGCAAGACAAGAGUUUGAUAAAUAUGAAGAAGUAGAGUUUUCAUUUUUCGCAUAUACAUUCCAACACAAUGAGAUUAUUUUUUACAUAAUCUAGGAGGUUAGGAAUCUUGGGUUAAAGCACAGGUUCAGCAGCAUCACUGGAUCAGAGAGGGUUAAGGACUUUGUUCAUGGACCCAACAAUGGCAGCUUGGAAGUGCUGGGGCUUGAACCUCCUGACCUUUAAGCAGUAUCCCUGAGGUUUAACCUCUGAGCCACUGCUCCUUCCAUAUCAGGUGCCAGAAUAUUGCAAGAGUGAGGGUUGGAAGCUUACAAUACAAAAACACCAGAUGGCAGAUAUGAAUAUGUUUGUUGUAUCCAAUUUGUUCAUUUUGCAAAGAAUACAAGAGGUAGAGAAGAGUCUUAUGCCACAUCCACUAGAGACAUUUCAUCUUUAUGUCUGCAGACGGCUUCCUCCCUUGAAUACUAAUAACGUUUCCUCUCCACCCCAUCACUUCCUGUUCUCAGACUGUAAAGCACAUGCAAACAUUGCAAAACCUUGCCUUGGUUUGUGGCAGCUCUUUGGAUUUGUCAUAUUGUCUUUACCUCCUGUACUUUUCUGAAACAUCUCCAGACUCCUGUUGACUAAUUUGUCUAUGGAUUUAGCAGUUUCAUGAAUGUGUAUCAGUGCACCUGUGCUCAUAAAUUUACAGUGUUGGGAAACUCGGAAGUUAACCAGAUGAACAUUAAGUCAUUGAAGAACUGAUGUCAACAUGCUGUAUGCCACCAUUCAAAAGUCUGAAAUGGAAAUUUCUCUAUCUUCCAGUUGUGCACUGAAGCCUCCCACUUCCACCACUGUUCUAUAAAGGGAUUAGUUAAAGCAUGGUAAGAUAAAUUCUUACCAUGAAAAAAAGAAGGAUGGUUCUUUCUUUCAGGCCAUUUUGAAUGUGUAAAUAAAAGUGGCCUAAGGAAGGCCACUUUUAUUGCUUCCUUAAUCAGUACAACAAUUUUCAGCUGUCAAGAACAAUUGCAAAAGGGUUUAUUAAACUGUGUGACAACAUCGGUCUUCAGGCUCAGCUACAGUUAAAACUAUUCAUCUGAUGACUUACAAAUCAUUUAUUUUAGAUAUUGUUGUCAUAGACAUAUAUUUUGUUCACCUUCUGUAUGGUGGGCAAGGCUGUGGGGCAGGAAAACACCUUGUAUGAAAUUCCGGCUCAUCUCAAAGCAACGUGCACUCACACCUAUGCAUUCCUACAUACACAUUCACCCUCAUGUUGUUUUCACACAGCAAGUGUUUAGUGAAUUAACCUUUGCAGACAUGAAAAGAACGCUCAGUCAUAACGUCGACAUUAAAAUGAUGACAAACCUCUAAAAAUAGGAUUUACUGGCACCUAGGUUUUAAUGCAUGCUCCCAAAUGCCACUGAACAGAUGUGAAAAGCAGAACCAAGCUUUGGUUUGCCACUUCUUCUUUUCCAAAAUGAUAUGAACAAAUAUCAAAUUACUAUUCUGAGAAUGUGUGAAAGAAAAAAGGACAUGCUGCAGGACAUAAGACUAUUACUGUAGUUGUCCUUAAAUAAACAUGUUUUAUUCACCAAUGUACUGACCUGGCAAAUGGCAAAUAUUAGUCUGAGGAUGUAGGCAUACUGAGCGGUUUAGGGUUAAGAGCUGCAAAGUAGUCGCUCUCUGGUAGUCUUGGGAAUAAAGUUCCCAAAUUUUCUCCCACAAGCACUAAACCACAACUCUCAUGCUACCUCUGCCCUACUAAUGAAUUCAUGCAAAACUCUUCAAGAUAAGACUGCACAAAAGUCAAAAGAGGAACUAAAGAACUUGUUAGUUCUCAAGGUUAUUAUAGAAGUUUGAAUAGUUUGUGUCCUUUUGUCUUUUAUGACUAUUUUGGCUGUUUUUUUUUUUUCCAUUUUAUUCAUAUAGUUAAUUUCUUAUUAUAACACUUUCAUUCUGAGAUAAAGACCACAUCAGAGUCAGGAGCAUCACAGCCCGGCUGACGAGUGUCACUAAAGAACAACUGAGUGCUGUGACCAGAACAGAAGAACCAAGAGUAACCCUGCUUAGUUGUAGAUCUAAAACUGCGACCAUGCUGUGGACAAAAGAGCGUAGUUAUUCUGUCCUGGUUGUUGAUAGCAUCACUCUGAUCACCGGUCUUCCUGCCAACCUGCUGGCUCUCUACACCUUUAUCCGAAAGGUGAAACAGCGUGCUACACCUCUAGAUGUGCUCUUGCUCAGCCUUAAUAUUUCUGACCUUCUCUUCCUCUUGUUCCUUCCAUUGCGCAUUAAAGAGGCAGCUGACAUGAAAUGGACCGUGAGCUUUUUCCUUUGUCCGCUUUCAGGAUUCAUCUACUUCAGCACAAUCUAUAACAGCACCUUGCUCUUAACAGCUAUCAGUGUGGAGCGCUAUCUGGGAGUGGCCUUCCCCGUCAAAUACAAACUCAAGAGAAAUCCUCGGUAUGCUGUGAUUGCCAGCAUCAUGUUCUGGGUGGUUUCAAUGAGCAAUUGCACUAUUGUGUACAUUGUGGAGUACCAUAAACACAGCAAUGACACUGCCAUGGAGCUGUCCAACAGGACUUCCUGUUACAAAGAGUUUAGCAGUGAGCAGCUGGAGAUCCUUUUACCCGUCCGUCUUGAGUUGUUUAUCGUCCUGUGCUGCAUUCCUUUCUUCAUCUGUUGCUUCUGCUACAUCAGAUUCAUCAUUAUUCUUUCUCGCUUACCUAGCAUCAAUCCACAGAAGCGCUCCAGGGCAAUUAGCCUUGCUGUAGUCACUCUUCUGGUUUUCAUCAUCUGCUUUGUACCAUUCAGUGUGUCUCAUUUGGUGGGGUUUAUUGGAUGGUACAGUCCUCCUUGGAGAGUCUACACAGUACUACCCAGCACCUUCAAUGCCUGCUUGGACCCCUUUGUCUUUUAUUUUUCUUCUGCAGCAAUACGAGGAACAUUCACCAACAUAAUACAAAAAUUCCACAACUGGCUACAGCAUUCCCUGUGUCAGAAAUUCAACUGUCUGAAGACAGGCCGCACUUCUGCGUAUGUGGAGAGAACACAGAGUUCCAAUGAUAGUUCUCCCUAGUAUUUGUUGAGUAUUAUUAAUAUGUUAGAUAGUAGCAUUUAUAUUUGAGCAUGCAGAUAGGCAAAUGUUUUAAUAAGUGCUUAUAUUGUGAAUGUCUUUACAGCUUCGUUCAUGAGAAACCCUGUGCUUGCUGGUGGAUCGAUUGUUGAUGGCCAGUAUAAUUAGAGCCUGGUUACACAGCACAGAGGGGUAUCUAAUUUUAAUCCUCUUGGAAAAGAUUAUGGUAUCUUCCAAUACUAUUUAUGCAUGGUUAAUACAACACGUGUAAUUUAUAAACCAUUGUUUUUUACAGUAAUUGCAUGAAAACUAUGUUCAUAAAAGGUAACCAUUAUGAUUCCUACAUAUAUAAUUACACAAAAUGUCAAAAGAAUGACCAAAAUUGACUACCAGUUGAAAAACAUGAAUAACCAAUGAGAAUCGUGCAUUUUUUAAAACAAAUUUACAUUUAUUACUAGCAUAACUAGCUCUGUGAUAAUACACUUAGCCAGCCAGCCAGGAGUGGAAACUAAACUGAAACGUGUUUUAAGAGGUACCAGCAACCACCAAUGAAGAAAAUCCCCAGAGAAACAGGUACUAUAUUACAGUAUAUGGGUUACUGCUAUAGGAUCAUAAUAUUUGUGGUGACACAAUCAAGAGUGAACAUCAAAAUAAAACUGAAGCUCUGUUUUUUCCCUGUCUUUUCUAAACCAAUCUUCUAUCAUGUUAUUUUGAUCAUUUCUAGUGGACCUGUCAUAAAGGUAUUUUUAUUUCCUUUGCCUAUUAAUAUUAUUAUAUUAAUUAGAAGUACAAUUGUGGUUAGAUAAUUAAAUUGCAAAUUUUUAAUACAACCCCUGUUUCUACUAACAUCUAGCAUCCACCUAAAAACAUAGCAUAUUUCCUUAUACCAGCCCCAGAGACAGUGUACACUAAAAAGUACCUCCUACUUACCUGUUGCUUCUGCUACGUCAAAUUCAUAAUUUCUUGCUUAACCAACCUCGACCCUCAAUUCAUGUUAAGUAAGUGAAAAUGAGUGGUUCAAUAUUCUUGCAAUUCUAAUGACAUGAGUUUUAAGAUUGCUGCAACAUCCAUAAAAAUUUGUGAGAUUAGAGACACGCUGAAGGAGAGUGUGAAAAAUAUGGUGGAAAGCUCUAACACUUCGGAACCACAGAAAGAAUGAUGCAAAAUUAAAAACAGCUUGCCACUUCAAAGAAUGAUGUAACGCAGCAUGGAAUUGUUUGUGGUUUUUCACACACUUUCAUUUUUUUUAUCCAAUUUCAUUAAGCA